GAUUUCUGUCUCGGUCUUGGCAUCCGCUGCAAAUCUAUACGCUUCCCUUCCCCCUCCCUCCGACUAAUCUUGACUCCUUUUGAGUUCUCUCAAGGAUUCAUCUCUCUUCGGGAAGCUCCUCUAUCCUUUUUUUAUUUUUUCCUGUUUCUUUCGGAACGGAAAAAUAAAAAAGAGAAUCAAAAAAGAGGUCGCAAUCACAGCAGUACCAUCAGGUUCUCUCCCAGUUUCCAUACUCGGGCUUACCUAAUCUGGAAGCUUGUUCUCCUGCUCAUCCCUCAGGGUCUUGCUCCACCACUCUCAUUUCAGAUCACUGCACAAGUUAGACACAAAAUCCCAUUUCAAAAAAAGCACAGGAUCGAAAAAAGAGAAAACAAAGAAACACUCGCAAAAAACAAAAAAAGUGAUUUUUUUUCUUGCCCGUCUUCUGUCAUAACCCACUUCGGAGAUCUUGACCCAGAAAACACUUCAGUGUGCUUUUCUUGAUUCGUGUCUAUCAUCGAACGACUCCUGGUCGAUCUUGAUUGCGUGUUACUAUCAUCUCACCUCUCGAUCGCACCGCAUCUGUCUUGUAGGGGGAUACAUUCACUUGUCCAUCUCCCACUUGUCUUUGCCGUGAACUCUUCCUUUCAACCCCGCAUUUGAUUCCAUCGUUGAUCCCUGUGAUCUCGAAGGAUCAUCACCAUGGAUUCGCUCACGACCCACCCGUCGAAUGCGCAACAGGCUCGUGCCUUCACCUCGCCUUCCUCGCUCUCAUUCCCAGGCGGUGCUGGUGAUCUCACCCCGCCCUCGUCCGAGAAGGAGGCCCAGGUCGCCACCGGUCAACUCCCAGCUGGAGGAAAUGCCACUGAUGGCAACGGGGUGACGCCCGCUACUCCGGCUGCGACCCCUGGCGCUGCCACCCAAAACAACCCCAGUGGCAUUGUGCCCACUUUGCAGAACAUCGUGGCUACGGUCAACCUGGACUGCCGUCUUGACUUGAAGACCAUUGCGCUGCACGCGCGUAAUGCCGAGUACAAUCCAAAGCGUUUCGCCGCCGUCAUCAUGCGUAUCCGUGAGCCCAAGACCACCGCUCUGAUCUUCGCCUCUGGCAAGAUGGUCGUCACUGGUGCCAAGUCGGAGGAUGACUCCAAGCUGGCUUCCCGCAAGUACGCGCGUAUCAUCCAGAAGCUUGGUUUCAAUGCCAAGUUCACGGACUUCAAGAUCCAAAACAUCGUUGGCUCCUGCGAUAUCAAGUUCCCCAUCCGUCUGGAAGGUCUGGCCUCUCGUCACCACCAUUUCAGCUCCUACGAGCCUGAACUCUUCCCUGGUCUGAUCUACCGCAUGAUGAAGCCCAAGAUUGUGCUCUUGAUUUUCGUCAGUGGUAAGAUCGUCUUGACUGGCGCCAAAGUGCGCGAGGAGAUCUAUUCGGCUUUCGAGCUGAUCUAUCCUGUGCUCUCUGAUUUCCGCAAGGUCUAAAGAGGCUGUUUACACCACCAGGAAGAUCGUCACUGCUCUUCACAUUCAACCAUCUUUGUAUUAACACUUCCCCACUUUUUUUCUUUCACCCCCCUCUUACGCGACGGUCCAACCUUGCAUGCCAACAAACAGCACAGAGUACCGUCUGUUGCUUGCACCAGGUUACCUCGCAUUUGCUUUUUCCUUUUGGAGUUGUGGCUCCCCUCACGAUUUCUCAUGCAAGCAUUGUUUGGCGUUUUAGCGAUUCGGGGUGAUCACUGGUUUUGUUUUUAUCAUCUUCGACUGCCUUUUACAAUUAGAUUGCUGCACACCGCAGUCGAGGCGGUUCUGUGCGCUGGUCGAAUGGCUGCCUCUUAAUCCUGUUUUCUUUUCUCUGCGCUCUGGACAUACCUGCGAUAGGGCGACCUAUCGUAGGCCCAAAAAAUGGUGAGAGGCUCCCUAGACAUCGUCGUUGCUUUAUGCUGGUAGAUGAUGGGAGAUUGAGAGCGGCUUUGUUUUUUGUUCGCCGCAGUGCUUCCGUUAUCAAAAAUGGAAAUUGUUGGAUUAAAC